GAACGAAGGAAAAAUGUCACAAUCAACAGAGAAUGAUAAGAAGCCCGACGACAAUCAUGUUCUCAUCAAUCUCAAAGUCAAAGGCCAGAAUAGAUGUGAAGUAUUCUUUAGGAUCAAAAGAAGCAUCCAACUGAAAAAACUCAUGAAUGCAUAUAAUUGUGACCGAGUGCCUAUAGAUUUCAAUUCAAAUACUUUCUUGUUUAAUGGUCGCCGUCUUCGAGGAGAGCAGACUCCAGAUGAGUUGAGAAUGGAGAAUGGCGAUCAAAUUGAUGCAAUGUUGCAUCAAAUUGGAGGCUCAACUCUUUGA